AUGAAUGUAACCAAGAUUAAUGUGGAUGCUGCUGUCUCUAGGAGUUCGAAUUCUAUUGGUAUAGGAGCAAUAGCUCGAGGUAAUGAUGGCAAGGUCCUUGGUAUCUUCUUGAGUAUUCACACUGGUAUUACUUCAUCAAGAAUUGCUGAGGCCAUGGCUAUUCGAGAUGGUUUGAAGCUAGGGAUUGAUCUUAAUCUUUCUAAAGUGGUUAUAGAAUCGAAUGCGGAGGCGAUAGUGAGGAAAUGUUCUACUUCUCUAGAUCCACCUAUUGAUAUAGCGGCAAUUAUUUUUGAUUGUUUAGCUCUGAAAGAAUUAUUUUCUUCCUGUGAGUUUGGUUUUGUUAAACGUGAUUGUAAUCGGGCUACACAUUGUUGUGCUCAAAAGGCUCUUUUGAAUGGGUGGUCCGGUAUGUGGACUUCCAUUUUGCCCCCAUGGGGUUCCCAACUGUCUGAUGUUUAG